AUGAACGAACGGAUAGAUUUCGACCUCAACGAGGCGCUGAAAUACUACCUGAGCGACCCCGCCUCAGUCCCGACACCAGAAGCGGAUUCACAGUUGCUAGACUGCGAAUUGGAUCCGGAUUCCUUGAAUCUGCCGCUGAUCGAUGAGAUCCUGAAUCCUAUUGUGGACGCUGUGGCAGAAGAUCCCUCAAAUCUCGCAAGAAACUCGUUCUUUGAUUCCCUGCAGCUUCUCUUGAACAAGAUCUUAGAUCUUGUUGUUUCCGGCCUUGCCUCGCUUGCCGAUAUUGCACACAAUGACCUCGAAGCCGAUGAGCCCGAGGCACUGUCUGAGCAUAAGGACCUCUUGGAGCUGUACGCUUUUCUACUACAAUGGGCGUUAUCUUCCGUGGAAGCAAAGGCAGCCGAAAAACCUCCUACAACGGGGCCGGGAAGACGAGGAGGUGGGAAGGCUGGACGAAAGCCCGCUAGGGAUGAGUCGUGGGAUUCGUCUGCACAGAUACAGAUUGCUAUGGAGGUUAUGUGCAAGGUGCUGAAGCUGAAGCUAUCAAAGCUCUUUGUUACAACCUCGGACCGGGAUACCUUUGUGAAUCUGUUUACUCGAUCCAUAUACCUGAUCCUGGAGAGCGAGCAGAGAGUCAAGAGCAUGUCAAUACGGAUGCACGCAUUCAAGAGCCUUACAUAUUUUGAGCAUCUUUCGGACCCGAUGGCCGAAUUUUUGCAUAUCCUGGCGGAGCAGUAUGACUAUCCUCAACUCGCUGACGAGAUUCUAAGGGAGGUUGGAAAUAAGGAGUUCAACCCAAAUGAUACCAAGGGCCCGAGAUCAGUGUCGGCUUUUAUUGUUAAGUUGUCUGAGCUUGCUCCUCGGCUUGUCAUCAAGCAAAUGACCCUCCUAGCCAAGCAGCUAGAUAGUGAACAACGUACAUUUACUGACAAUUGCCAGGCUUAUACCCUCCGCUGCGCCGUCAUCGAAGUAUGCGGAAAUCUGAUAUCUGACCUGAGUAAGCAGGAAGAACGAAGUGAAAACUUCCAAACACAGAUAAAUUCCUUCUUUGAUGUGCUGGAGGAACGCUUCCUUGACAUGAACCCCUACUGCCGCAGCCGUGUGAUACAGGUGUACAUGAAGAUUUGUGACCUCGACCAGAAGUUCCCCAAAAGACGGCAGACAGCAGCCAAGCUUGCAGCUCGAAGCUUGGAAGAUAAGAGCAGCAAUGUCCGAAGGAAUGCUAUAAAACUUCUGGGCAAGCUGGUGUCAACACACCCUUUCAGUGUUAUGCAUGGGGGCCAGCUGUCGUACAAAGAUUGGGAUGCUCGUUUACAGGCAGUAGAGGAGGAACUCAACGCGUUGAAGCCACCACCAGAGACACCCGGAUUAGCAGAGAUGGGGAUUGAGAGCGCCCAGAUCGACAGCGAGCUGCUGGACGAUGCAACCCAGGUCCCAGACGACUCCCCUUCGAAGGCUCCAAAAAUGACUGAAGAAGAAAAAGCAGCAGCGGUUCAGAAAGCAGCAGAGGAAGCAGCAACAUCAGAGAUGCUGGCACGGCUGCAGCUAACCCGGAAAUACUACAUUGAGGCCAUUCAGUUUAUCGAGGUGUUGCACAGUGCGUCCGAGACCGUCUUGCAACUGCUGUCGUCUCGGAAUAAGAGCGAGGUGAUCGAGGCUAUGGACUUUUUUGUGAUGCUAGAUGCGUACAAAGUGGAAACCUCGCGAGCUGGGAUACGCAGGAUGUUACGGCUGAUUUGGAUGAAGGGUAACAGCGACGAAGGCAAGGGCGUUCAGAACCAUCUAAUCGAUUGCUACAAGGGGCUGUUCUUUGAUGCGCCGGAUGCAUUCAGUCCGAAUGACACGGCCAACUACAUCGCCCGAAAUAUGAUAAGUCUGACGUUUGGAGCGACGCCGGCAGAGCUUACAUCGCUCGAGCAGUUGCUCAGCACAAUGGUGAAGGCAGGGCACAUCUCAGAGCUGGUGAUUGGCAAGCUAUGGCAGGUGUAUGGGGUACAGAAGAAGGAAAUAUCAAGAACACAGCGAAGAGGGGCCAUUAUCGUGCUGGGGAUGCUUGCGCUUGCCGACCCGGAGAUUGCAGUCAAGGAGAUCGAGAUUAUGCUCCGGAUAGGGCUGGGCAGCCUGGGACGGGCUGAUCUUGUCCUUGCCAAAUACACAUGUAUUGCCCUAAAGCGGAUCAAGCCUGGACGGCAAGCCAUUGCAAAGGAUGGGGCACACCCAAAACUGGCAAACGACCACCCGGUGUUGAUCAAGCUGGCUGCGAUGAUGGAGAUUGUGUCUGACAGCAAGGAGUGGUAUGGUGUGGCAGAGCAAGCCAUAAGCGCGAUAUACACGCUAGCAAAGCAUCCUGAUGUGCUGUGUUCGGAUAUACUACGGCGCAAGACCCGGGCCGUCUUCCGGGCGAACAACAAUGCCCAGCAAAGGAUGAUGCUGGACAGCGAGGGAGACCGUCCGUCAUCAUCAUCGGCCUCCUCCGCAUCGGCAGAGACUGCAGUGACUGCAGCCACAACUCUGGCGGAAGACAACAACGCGGCUAGACAAAAGGCUAGUGUUAACGGGCUUUCGCAGCUGCUGAUUAUUGUUGGCCACAUCGCGAUCAAGCAGAUUGUGCAUCUGGAGCUAUGCGAGCUUGACUUUAAGCGCAGGAAGGCCGAACAAGAAAAGGAGAAGGCGGCCAACCCAGCUCAGGAGAAAGAUGACGCAGCCGGAGCAGGAGCAGCAGCAGCAGGGGGGGCAGCAGGAGGAGCAGCAGCCGAGGACAACGAGCUGGACCUGAUCGGAGGCACGACAGAGGACGACUUCACUGAGGCGAUGGCACAUAUUCGGGAGCGAGAGCUGCUGUUCGGGGAGAACUCGCUGUUGACGCACUUUGGCCCGCUGGUGACGGAGAUAUGUUCAAACAACACAGCGUAUCCGGACCAGAACCUGCAGGCGACGGCGACGCUGUGCAUGGCGAAGCUGAUGUGCGUGUCAGCAGAGUACUGCGAGAGCAACCUGCCGCUGCUGAUCACGAUAAUGGAGCGGUCUGACGACCCGAUCGUGCGGAGCAACGCGGUGAUUGCGCUGGGCGACAUGGCCGUGUGCUUCAACCAUUUGAUCGAUGAGAAUACGGACUUUUUGUACCGACGACUGAACGACGACGAUGUUUCGGUGAAGCGGACGUGCCUGAUGACGCUUACCUUUUUGAUACUGGCGGGCCAGAUCAAGGUGAAGGGCCAGCUGGGGGAGAUGGCGAAGUGCCUGGAGGACGAGGACAAGAAGAUAGCGGAUCUGGCGCGGAUGUUCUUUACGGAGCUGUCGACGAAGGACAAUGCGGUGUACAACCACUUUGUGGACAUGUUUAGUCUGCUGAGCACGGAGAAGUCGCUGGAGGAGGAGUCUUUGCGGCGGAUCAUCAAGUUCCUCGCCGGUUUCGUCGAGAAGGUAUUCUUCUUUCUUAUUCUUGGUCUAUUCUAG